AUGGCUGAGCCAAGUGCAGGGAUGCAUUGUUACGAGUCUGAAGAGCUGGAUUCUGUUGCAAGUGAUGAUGAAGACAGUCAGCAAGCAGCAUUUCCUCAAGCUAAUCCCGAUGCUCUAGUGCGGGACGUAAGGCUGGAGGUUGGGAUGGAAUUUGAGAAUCUAGAGCAGUUCAAAAAGGCAGUUAGGAAGUUCAACAUCAACCUAGGGCGCAGCAUAUUCUUUCCUAGAGUUGAUUCAACUAGGUGCAAAGCCAUAUGUUAUGAGGAGGAUUGCCCAUGGCAGAUAUAUUGUGCAAAACGGUCAUUUCCAUUAAGCUUCCAGGUGAAGAACUUUGUCAACAAACAUACCUGCAGCAGAGUUAGUAAGAACAAAUCUGCGGAUGGUAAAUGGGUUGUAGAAGAGCUUGAGGACAAGAUCCGUGACCAUCCAGACAUGAGUCAAAGGCAGGUACAGGACUUUUUCAAGAAGGAGUUUGAUGUGAUUGUGAAUGAGAGGAAGAUAUACCGUGCAAUGGUGAAGGCGAAAGAACUAAUAGAAGGAUCGGAGAUAGCUCAGUAUGCACUUCUUCGGGAUUAUGCUAAUGAGAUAAUAAGGACCAACCCUGGCUCAACCGUGAGGAUUAGCACUGAUUAUGUCGAAGGGACUGGGUAUAAAUUCAAACAGAUUUACAUAUGCUUGCAAGGUUGUAAGAAGGGCUUUACCAAUGGCUGUAGGCCCUUUAUCGGGUUAGAUGGUACCUUUCUCAAGGGAUACUACCCUGGGCAAUUGUUGACUGUGAUCGGUCACGAUGCCAAUAACCAUAUAUACCCUAUAGCCUAUGCUGUGGUGGAGUGCGAAUGCAAGGAUAGUUGGAAGUGGUUUCUUGAACUUCUCCAAGAAGACUUAGGAGACGCAGCAAUCAACGGAAUCAACUUUAUGUCAGAUAUGCAGAAGGUAAUGCUAUCAAUUCUUAUUGUUCCUGGCCUCAUCCCUGCUAUGCGUGAAGUAAACCCAGGAGCUCAUCAUAGAUACUGUGCUAUGCACAUAUGGCAGAACUUCAGAAAACAGUGGGGUGAUACAGAGUUGAAGCUGGCAAUGUGGAGGUGUGCCAAGGCCACAACCACCCAAGAAUUCAAAGCUGUUUUGGAUCGGAUCAGACGGGUUAAUCCACAUGCUUGGGAGUAUCUGAACAGGAUCCCUCCAAGUCAAUGGAGUAGGUCUGGAUUUAGCGAAUACCCAAAGUCGGACAAUUAUACAAACAACAAUUGUGAAUCCUUCAAUUCUAGAAUCAAGAAGAUGAGAGGGAAGCCUAUUAUAACUAUGCUGGAAGAAAUAAGGGUUUACAUGAUGAGCAUAAUUGCUAGAAAUAAGAAGGCAUUGGUGGGAUAUAACGGAGUCAUUGCUCCGGUGCAGCAGAGUAGGCUGGAAAAAGAAAAAAGGGAGAGCAAUAAGUGGCGGCCGUUCCCCACUGGUGAUGAUCCUGGAAAUGUGUAUGAGGUUCAGUGCUUGCCACAUAAGGUUAUGGUGGACAUAGGAAAGAGGACUUGCAGUUGCAGAUUCUGGCAACUGACUGGCUUGCCAUGCAGGCAUGCAUGUGCUGCCCUUGCAUACCAGAAUAGGCGACCAGAGGAGCAUGCACACAACUGGCUUUCCAUGGGGGCAUAUAACAGCACCUACCAGUUCGUCAUCCAACCUGUCCCAAGUCAAGAAUACUGGGAGCAUGUUGAUCUACCCCCUGUACUGCCACCAGUAUACAAGAAGCAGAUUGGGAGGCCAAAGUCGAAGAGAGACAAAAAGAAUGACGCCCCAAAGACACCCACCCCAGAUCCACAUAGGGCCCCCAGAAAGUAUGGCCCCAUCACCUGCAAGUACUGCCUAAAGACUGGACAUAACAGUCGCAGCUGCCCCAAGAAAAAAGAGGCAAUGGCUGGGAGUGCUGGGGGACAAACUUCAAGUCAACAGCCAGCCGCUGAGGAUGACGAAGAGGAGGCGGCAAGACUGGAGGAAAUGUUCUGGGAGGAAACUCUUGAAGCUGUUGAAGCAGCUGAAGCAGCAGCAACUCAGCCCCCGCCUGAGACUACCCCAGUUAGGCCACCCAUUGCAAAAAGGCCACCAAAGAAGAGGAAGAAUGUGAGGAGACCGCCACCAACUACCCAGCAACCACGACCUCCUCCACCUAUUGUCAGCCCAACAAGACCAACUACUACUAGUCCACCACCCCCAGCCUCUGAUGUGCCACCCACCGUGACACCUCAAACUAUGCAAGCUGCCUCCCAGGGAAUUACAUCAAGGUUCAUGGAGUUCAUGCCAACUCCCACAGUUCGAGUAUCAACCUCAAGGAGGUGGCCGCAGCCAGCCUUCCGUCCACCAGCCAAAAGGGGGUCAACAACUGCACACUUGAAGGAGGGGUCGAGCGGAAGCAGCAACUCCACUCCAAUUCCGUGA